UUUCCCUCAAUAAUCUCUCCCCCAUUCCCUAAAUUCAAUUCAAAACCUGACCAGAUCCUUCUGGUUAUCUGUCUAUCUAUCACUCAUCGGAAGAAAUGGCAUUGUCGGCGCGUGAGCAGAAUGUUUACAUGGCGAAGCUCGCCGAGCAGGCGGAACGUUACGAUGAAAUGGUUGAAUUCAUGGAGAAAGUAUCGGAAACUGAUGAACUCACAGUAGAAGAGCGUAAUCUCCUUUCUGUUGCCUACAAGAACGUCAUCGGUGCUCGCCGUGCUUCGUGGCGUAUCAUUUCGUCGAUUGAGCAGAAAGAGGAGUCGCGUGGUAAUGAGGAUCAUGUGUCUGUGAUUAAGGAGUACAGAUCGAAGAUCGAGGCGGAGCUAUCGAAAAUUUGCGACGGGAUUUUGAAGCUGCUUGACUCGAGACUCAUUCCUUCGGCGUCUUCUGGUGAUUCGAAGGUGUUUUAUCUGAAGAUGAAGGGAGAUUAUCAUCGUUACCUUGCUGAGUUUAAGACCGGCGGUGACCGUAAAGAGGCCGCCGAGAGCACUCUCACUGCCUAUAAGUCCGCUCAGGAUAUUGCAAACACCGAACUUGCCCCGACACACCCAAUUCGCCUUGGACUGGCUCUAAACUUCUCUGUCUUUUACUAUGAGAUUUUGAACUCUCCAGACCGGGCUUGUAACCUUGCCAAACAGGCCUUUGAUGAAGCAAUUGCUGAGUUGGAUACCUUGGGCGAGGAGUCCUACAAAGAUAGCACUUUGAUCAUGCAACUUCUUCGUGACAACCUCACCCUGUGGACCUCCGAUAUGCAGGAGGAUGGAGCUGAUGAAAUUAAGGAAGCACCUGCUCCAAAGCAAGGUGAGGAACAACAACAGCAGUGAGAGGGUUUGCACCCUCAUCUUAACCUUUCUUUAUCUUUCUUUCUUUCUUUUUUAAUUUUAUUAAGGAGAAUUUGGUUGCAUAUAGCUUCCAACUUCUCCAUCUUUAUGAAUUCUUUUGGUCAUCUUCUAAUUUAGUUUCAUCUUCUUAAUGAUUCAAGUGUUUUGAAUGAAUUAUAAUCGCUUACUUUUGUGUA